AUGAGGCAAGGCUCAGGCUACAGGCCAAGACCCAAUCAUCCCAGGCUGGUCUGCAGUUCCCCAUCAGUAGUCUUCAUCGGCUGCUCAGGAAGGGCAACUAUGGCGAGAGGGUCAGGGCUGGAGCUCCUGUCUAUCUGA